UUCCGGACUGGGGCUGUCCGUUGCGCUCGUCGUUAGGAGCAUCUUAAUGUACCAAGCCAUGGCGGAAAGUCUGUGCGUUGUUGUGCUCCUUUUGUGUGGGACUCUGAUCCCCUUCGUGACCGCUGGUGAUGACUGUGAGGGCUACUACAGCAAGAGCCAAUACAAAUCCAAGCAGUACUGUGGUAUACUCCAGGGGUGCUGUGGAACGUGUGAGAAUAGAUACUGCUGCAGCAAUAUCUUCAACCAGAUGGGGACGUCUGAACAGAGCAGCUGCUUUUUCAGUAGCAGCAGCAGGAGCAGCACGUUCAUCAUCUGGCCAUUGAUAGCAAUACCUGUCAUCUUGGUGAUUAUUUUCAUCUCUUGCUGCGUGUGUCCCUGCUGCUGCAUGUACAACAUGUGCCGGAAGCCCAGACCGGUGAUAGCCACGACCUCCCACACCACAGUGGUGAACACCCAGUUCACCCAGCAACCCCAGCAGCCCAUCCAGCCCUACCAGGGUGGCCCCCAGUACCCAGCCUACCAGCCCGUACCCGUCCAGCCUGGGUAUGGGGCUCAGCCUCAACCCGGCUACGGAGGAGGGCAGCCCAUGCCCACAGCACUGGGCUACCAGGGACAGCCCUUCCAGCCAGGACCACCCCCCCCCUACCAAGAGACUGGUUCAGCCUAUCAUCCUGCUAUCCAAGCGCCUUAUAGUCAGGCUGGGUUCAAUCCAGGACAACCAUCUUACCCCUUCCAGCCUCCAGCUCAGCCCGGCUACCCAGCCCAGCAGCCCAGCCACCCAGCCCAAGCUGGCGCGCCUCCCGCGCAGCCUGACUACCUCUCUGCCCAGCCUGCCUACAACCCUGCCUUCGUGGACUCCCAACCUCCGAAGACUGGCUGAGUCAAUUCUCCAUCACUGUUUGACGCAGUUCUCCAUCACCCACUGUCUGUCUGACGCAGUUCUCCCUCCCAUUCUCCAUCACUGUCUGUUUGACACAGUUCUCCCUCCCAUUCUCCAUCACCCACUGACGCAGUUCUCCCUCCCAUUCUCCAUCACCCACUGACGCAGUUCUCCCUCCCAUUCUCCAUCACCCACUGACGCAGUUCUCCCUCCCAUUCUCCAUCACCCACUGACGCAGUUCUCCCUCCCAUUCUCCAUCACCCACUGACGCAGUUCUCCCUCCCAUUCUCCAUCACUGUCUGUUUGAAGCAGUUAUCUUUAUCACCCACAGGUCUCCCUCCCUCCCAUUCUCCAUCCACCCACUGUCUGUCUGACGCAGUUCUCCCUCCCAUUCUCCAUCACCCACAGUUCUCCCUCCCAUUCUCCAUCACCCACAGUUCUCCCUCCCAUUCUCCAUCACCCACAGUUCUCCCUCCCAUUCUCCAUCCACCCACAGUUCUCCCUCCCAUUCUCCAUCCACCCACUGCCUGAAGCAGUUCUCUCUCAUCACCCACAGGUCUCCCUCCCGUUCCCCACCACCCCAAACAUGUUCCAUUCACUGAGCUUCUAGAGCUCACCUGGGAGAGAACUGAACUGGCUUGCAUCCCUAACAGCACCCUAUUCUCUAUGUAGUGCACUAUCCUGGUCAAACGUAGUGCACGACAUAGGGAAUAGGGUGCUGUUUGGGAUGGAUCCUAUACCUUGUUAGGGCCAGGUAUAUCAUUAUUACAGUCUAAAAGGGAAUCUUCAUGUAUUGCUGUGCCUCGGUCUUCAUUGUGCAACCCCAAACUGUGGUUUAAAACAUUUUUGCACUGUAAGUUGAAUGACGUAAAAUAGAAAUAUCUGAAUCCUCAUUCACACAAUUAUGAAAUAUACCGAAAUCUAGUUUAGUGGUGAAACAUAUGUUCUAUUAAAAUUACGCUAUCCUGUCUCGUACAGAAACAGUUGUGCCUUUCUUUUUACCAUAAAUUCUUGGUCCAACCAAAUUAUAAACAUAAAUAUAUAUUGUUUUUUUUAAUAAAACCAUCAGUGUAUGUGGUUUUUAGACACCGCGUUAAAAUGUCUGUGUCCCCAUGUAGGGCACCGCUUUUGCCCAAUGAACUCAAAAGUAGUGCCCUAUGUAGGGAAUAGGGUGCCAUUUUGGACUGUUAAACCUCCACAAUAUGCCUUGUUUUUCCCCACUUAUGCUGUGAGAUCAUUCUGUACCAAGCCUUGCAGGUGAACCAAGCUGAAUGAAGCGCUACCAGCCUUUAAAUGAAAUGUAAUACUUAAAAAAAAAAAUGUUUUUUUUUUAUUAUCUGAUUGACCUCUCCUCUGUUGAUAAUGUCCCUGUCUGCAUCCCUAAUGGCUCUCUAUUCCCUAUAUAAGUGCACUACUUUUGAGGUCCUGUGGUCAAAAGCAGUGCACUAUUUUGAGAGCCAGCCCUGGUUUCCCACACUGUAUCUGUGAAGUUGGGGGUCUGGAAAGGUCAGUGUAGAACAUGCAUGCGGUUGACAUGUUUGCAGUGAAGAAUCAUGUUGGCUGCUAUUGGUUGUAUUUCUGUUUGCGUGCGGUAUGCUGUUGCACUCUCUUUUAUACACGACCCGCGUCGUUAGAACUUGUUGCCCAGGGUUGUUUUGUCCACGUCACACGUGUUUCUAUCCUAUGUCAGGGGUUUUCAACUCGGACCCUGCGAUGGACGGAGACUGCUGCUGGUUUUCUGUUCUACCUGAUCAUUAAAUUGGACCCACCUGGUGUCCCCAGGUCUAAAAAUCAGUCCCUGAUUUCAGAGGGGAACAAUGAAAACGCAGUGGAACUGGCUUUGAGGUCCAGAGUUGAGUUUGAGAGCCCCCACAGUGGAUGAGUCAUAAUACCCAUAGAACCUAGCUGUCAAAACAGGGAAAUGGUUCCAAUCGCCCCCCCCCCCCAAUGGGGGAUUGUAGAAACACUUAAAAUAAGUGUUUUGUGUAGGUUUACCCUGGCGUGACUCAAUGCAUUCAGAUGGGUAUCAUGACUCAUGUUGUGACAGGAUACCAAGCCUUUGUCUGUUGUUCAUGUGACUUGGGGUUGUGAGCACCUUCGUCAGCCAUAUCUGCUUUAGCGAGCCGCUUGUUCGACCGAGUAAAUGACAUGCUGUAGUUUUUAAAAUGUUAUCAGGAAUAAAAUGCCACUUUUUUGCUACAAUGACAAAUAAAUGUUUUUUUUUUUUUCAA